AUACAAGUCAUUUAGAUAUGGCAUUUGUCCCGGAUUGUGUUCCAUAAUGCUGCUUUACCUCUGCAUUGUCAUAGUGGCGGUGAAUGGUAACACUGUUUCCGAUAGAUUUAUAAUCGACGAUCAAAGCCACACAAAUGUAACAAUGCCGACAACCCACCUUCCCCACUGUAGUGUGAACCCAAAGUCACCACAUCCCGACCUAGACAGAGCAAGAUGCGUCCUCCAGUCAUACCCGCUUAUUGAUGGGCAUAACGACCUUGCUGAACUUUACCUGGCGUACGCAAACGAUUCCGUAAACACUGUAGAUCUAACCUCCGACCUACGUCUUACCUGGGACAAAGUGUUGGCACAGACAGACAUUCCAAGACUUAAGCAGGGACUCUUGGGUGCUCAGUUUUGGUCAUGUUGGGUGACGUGUCAUUCUCAGUACGUGGAUGCAGUACGAUUGACUCUCGAACAGCUGGAUACAAUAAAACGUUUUAUAAAGAAAUACCCAGAUACCUUCCAGUAUGCCGAUACAGCACAAGGUGUAAUUGAUGCAUUCGAUGCGGGCAAGAUAGGAAGUAUCAUAGGACUAGAAGGAGGGCAUUUGAUUGAUAGCAGUUUAGCAACACUGCGCAUGUACUAUGAUCUAGGUGUCAGAUACAUGACCGUCACACACAGCUGUAAUACGCCGUGGGCAGAUAACUGGCACGUAGAUGAACCCGGAUAUAACGGAACUGUGCUGGGAGGACUUACUGACUUUGGGAAGCAAGUCAUAUUAGAGAUGAACAGACUGGGAAUAAUCGUGGACCUUUCGCACGUGUCCAAGAGCACCAUGUUUGCUGCCUUAGAAGUCUCACGUGCUCCAAUCAUAUUUUCCCAUUCCUCCGCCUUCCGGCUCUGCAAUCAUCACCGCAACGUUCAGGAUGAUGUUCUCGUCAAAACGAAAGAGGAAGACGGGGUCGUGAUGGUGAACUUCUACACUCCCUUUGUAGUGUGUCCGCCAAACAACAAACCGACCCAAGAGCUUACAGAUGUAGCAGAUCACAUUGACUACAUCAAGAACUUGAUUGGAGUUGACCAUGUUGGUAUUGGUGCUGACUAUGACGGUGCUGAAAGUUUUCCAGUUGGACUAGAGGACGUGUCGAAAUACCCUGAUCUGUUUGCCGAGCUGGUUAGGCGCGGCUGGAGUGAUAUUGACCUUCAAAAACUAGCGGGAAGGAAUGUACUUCGAGUGUUCCGUGAGGUGGAAAAGGUACGCGACAGCCUUCGUGAAAUGUUACCAGUAGAGGGCCGACUGCCGUGGACGGAUCUCGUUGAUACUAAGUGCAGGACUGCCAGUUAAUGACAUCAUAUAUAUAUAACAUGAUGGGUUUUUUUCUAUUGAGACCUAUUUUGAUUUGGUAAUUAAGUAAAUGUGUUUGGUAUUGAAAAUAAAAGGAUACAUCAUGUUUA